UAGCGGAGCGAUGACUUCUCUUAGAGCAACUUACGAAAUUGGCCUGGAUUUCAUCGAGUUUUUAGGGGAAAGAAAGUCCAAAAGGGAUAAAAAAGAGCUUCGAGACAUUUACAACUUGGAGUUUAAAAGGGCUGGAGAACAUCCAAGUUUUUCUAAACUGAUCUUCGCCUUGCAGCAGUUCAACCAAGCCAGUUUAAGAAAAGGAAAAAUUAUCCUGCAUGCCAAAGCUCAGGUGCAUGUCUACAGUGGUAAGCGGAGAGCGGACACAAAGCUGAACACACCUUCAGGCUCCCAGCCUGCCCAUGGCAAAAAGGCUCCAGACUCUUCAGGCACCUCUCAGGCAUCGCCAUCACCGGUCAACCCUAUCCUUACACCAAAGAAAAGACUGGCUCAGGAAAUCCUUCAAAAACUUAAUGCGAAUAGAGCAUCACUUAUCUCCAACAAGGGAGGCAUCUGCAUCACAUCAGAUCCCAAAACCACCAAUGGAAAACUUGUGUUCAACAUUAAGCUUGGAGAUAAGGUGCAUGUGGUGAAGUACAACAUCAAGAAUAAUGGCCAGAAAUGUGUUUACUUUACCUUCUACACUGCGCUGCACAAGAUACGCUGCUUUACUUUGGUUGAUAAGAGAAGAGUGAGCAGGGUUUGCCCUCUGCUCCUCUGCCCAGGUGAGAGCUAUGCAGUGGAGGUGCAUUACCAAGUCCACCAUCAUGGACACUUCCCAGCCACCAUGUACUUUGAGUUCUGCCCCGAGUCAGAGGAGUCAGGCACCUCCCAACCUUUCUGUAUUGUGAGGGAAAUAGAGGCAGUUGUGCGCAGCCAGCUUGGGACUGAGCUGGGCCCAAAGAGUGAGUACAAAGCCAGAAAAAACCGACGAUUGCGUCCUGUAAACAGAGUGGUCGAGGAGGGUGUGCCUCCUGAGAGCUCUAUAACACAUGCUCUAAAGCCGACGGUAAAGCUGACUGACUACAAAUACCCAUCUUACCUGAGGGUCUUGGCCAGAUACCAGAUAGCUGAUAAUGAGAAUCUUUACCCUGCUGCACGACUCCAGCUUCCCAGAGUCAGAGGUCUGUUGCAGAAACCCCUGUGUAUGAAGCGUUAUACUGAACGUUUCCACCUGCUCCUGCACUUAGAGGAGAUUCAAAUGGAGGAAGAUAUAAAGAAAUAUGAUCUAUAUGAACAAACCAUGACGCGUGACAAAAACAACAAAAGUCUGCUUGUUCUUCAGGUGCCUGGAGUGGCAGAGAACAGACCAUCUGUGCUGAGAGGAGAUUAUUUAACUGUGUGUUUAUCUGAUGACAAAUAUCAGCCUAUCACCAUGUAUAAAGGCUACGUUCAUCGUGUAGAACUGGACACCAUUAAGCUGGGCUUCUCUAAAAUUCUUGUACAGAAAUUCAUCGCCAAUAUAAAGGUUGAUGUGGAGUUCAGCUUCAAUCGCUACCCCAUCAAACUCCAGCACCGAGCUGUAGAGCUGGCUGCUCAACACAAGCUGGGAAAUGUGCUGUUUCCCACUGACAGUGGAGUCAAGGAGGCAGCGCUGCCAAAGCUCAGGAUGUACGACAGAAAUCUAGAGGAGAACCCUGAGCAGAAAGCAGCUGUGCAGCACAUUGUGUCUGGCCAGUCUAAACCGGCACCAUAUCUGAUCUUUGGCCCGCCUGGAACAGGCAAGACUGUCACAGUAGUAGAGGCCAUAAAACAGGUCUGUAAAUCUGGUCGGAAUGUCCAUGUGCUGGCCUGCGCUUCUUCUAACAGUGCUUGUGAUUUGCUGUGCGAGAGGUUGCUGGGAUUUGUGGAUGUCCAUCGUCUCUAUCGCCUCUAUGCCAGCAGUAGAGACCUCAACACUGUGCCACAAAAACUACUGAAAUGCUGUAACUGGAAUGAAAAGCAGGGUGGCUUUGUUUACCCCUCCAAAAAGGAUCUGAUGGACUACACUGUCAUUGUGGUCACACUGAUCACAGCAGGAAGACUCGUGUCCAGUGGAAUUCCAGCUGGCCAUUUCACACACAUCUUCAUAGAUGAGGCAGGACAAGCUGUGGAACCAGAAUGUAUCGUGGGGAUUGCUGGACUUCUUGAUCCUGAGAAGAGCCAGCUGGUUUUGGCCGGAGAUCCGAAGCAACUUGGCCCCAUCCUCAGAUCUCAGGUGGCGCAGCAGCAUGGACUGGGACUGUCACUGCUGGAGAGAAUGAUGAGCCAGAAUUCACUCUAUCAGAAAGAUGAUCAACAACGUUACGACACUCGAUUUGUCACCAAGCUAUUGCGCAACUACAGAUCUCAUCCUGCCAUCCUUAAGAUUCCUAAUGAACUUUUUUAUGAUGAUGAACUUCAAGUGUUUGCAAACCAGAUGGAGCGAGAAGCCUUCUGUCACUGGGAGCACCUCCCCAAGCGGGACGUCCCGGUGAUUUUCCACGGAGUGAUGGGAAAGGAUGAGAGAGAGGAGAACAGUCCAUCCUUUUUCAAUGUGAGCGAGAUAGAGGUUCUCAUCGGCUACCUCAAAAAGCUACUGCUAACUCAGGGAAAGAAAGGUCUGCCCAAACUCAGCGCCAAUGACAUCGGCAUCAUUGCUCCCUACAGGAAACAAGUGAUGAAAAUACAGAAAGCUCUUAAAACAGUAAAGGAAAUAAAACAGUGGGAAGACAUUAAGGUGGGCUCGGUGGAAGAGUUUCAGGGUCAGGAGAGAAUGGUGAUCAUGGUGUCUGCGGUCAGGAGUAGCCUCAGCUAUGUUAAAAUGGAUGAAGACUUCAACAUCGGCUUCCUUACAAAUGAGAAGAGGUUUAAUGUAGCAAUGACCAGAGCCAAAGCCCUGCUCAUCGUGGUAGGAAACCCUGUCAUUCUCAACAAGAACCCCAUCUGGAACAGAUUCAUUCAUUACUGUGAGCAAGAGCAGAGCUACACCGGAUUUGACUACAAGGACGCUGAGGGGGAGGAUGAUCUAGUGACUCGACUGGCAUCUCUAAAAAUAAACACUGCCACUGAUGAUCUAGAAGAGAGUGCUCUGCAGCAGGAUGUGCAUCCUGAAUGGAGAAAUGAACAGUAAAACCUCUCAGACCUGCUGCCCUCCAAUCAACCACAUGUUUACUGAAAAAAGCCACUGGGCACUGGAGCACUUUCUGCAUUUUAGCCUUUAGGACAUUUUCUAGAACAUAAGUAUUCCAGUCCAGUAUUAUAAAACUGCUGACAAUUUAUUCAUAAUUUAAGCUUAAAUGUAUUUUAAAUUUAGGUUAAAUGUUUAAUUUAAUUUCCAAUCAUGAAAUUCAGGCUUUUUUCUAUUUCAUGUAAUGUACCAUUUACAAGCAUCCUCCAAAAAAAUGCAGUUACCAUGUCAUGUUGAGCCCAACAUGAUCUUAUGAAGAGAAUACACAGCUGGAGACAGUAUUUUUAAAUGUUUGGUUAAAUUGACAGUAGCAUAAAUCCACAGAGAAGUUUUAACCAUAAAAAUGUAGCAAUGCAUCUGAUUGACAGAUCAUCCAUGUAAACAUGUCACAAACUGUCUUAAAAUGCACCAUCACACCUUGGUUUUCCAAAACAUGCUUGCAGGGUCAGGAUUGGUUGUUGUGAGGGUGUUAGUAAAUAGCUGUUGUCACAAUGCUCAGUAUUUUGUGAUCACAAUUACAUUCACAACUGAUAGUCAUUUUUGCUGACCACUUUUUUCAGGUCAUGAUCAUGGUGGCUCCAGCACCAAAUGGAACUACUGGGGAGCAAGGCAGGAAUACUCCCUGUACAAUCAACCAGUCAAUAAAUUGCCUACAUCUGAAGUAAAUGGAGAGCAUUACAAACUAGUCACAGGCUGUGCCUGGAGAUGUUGUUGUGCGGCACCUGCACUACCUAUUGUGCCACUGUGCUGCACUUUUGUUUUAAGAAUAUAUCUGCUGAUUGGAUUAAGUUUUUCUGGGUGUGUUUUCAGUGCAAUUCUUAACAUCUUAACGUCACAUUUAUUGCUGCAGUUUGUGAGUUUGUGCCUCGUAGCACUAUCAACUUAUGACUCUCGACUCCACCUAAUCUGCAGUUUCAUACUGCAAAUUCUUACAAUGACCAUAAGGAUUUCCUUUUCAAAACACACUAGUAGGUGGAUUGUUAACUCGAAAUGCUACCAUUUGUGUAUUGACAACCAACCUUACACACAGUGUUUCCAGUACAGGCCCUGGACCCACUGUAGGUUCUAUUAAUAAACAAAAAUAAAGCUUUUCUGCACUCGCCACACACAUUUACCUGCACUGGCAUCUUAAUCUUUAACAGUGGUACAUAUGUGGGCUUGAACAACAAUGUAAAGUCUAUAUAUACGUAGAUUAGGUGCAUGCAUUAUUAGGAGCAACAGCUGGGCUACACUGGCACUGACUCCAGAAAAGUUGGAAAUGAAAAUGAUAUGAUAAUUUUUUUUAAUUAAAGGUGGCCAUUUUUUGCCAUUCUAGAAUAAAUGCAUAGUAACAACAGGCUUGAAAUCAAUGGGACAGCAGUGAGGAGGGACUGAUUUUCAUGUGCUUUGUUUGGACUAGUUUGGACCAAAUCCAUUGAAUGUGUACUGAUGCGACAAGCUAUUUUGUAACGAGUGCUAGCUUUACAUUGUGUUCCUACAAUAAUAAUUCUUAAUUUCCACAUGUAGAUAUACCCUUCUCAGUUUAUGUUGGGCUCCAUGAUACUAGAAGUAUUUUAAUAAUUAGGGCAGUUGUAGCAGUUGGGCAGUGAAGGUACUGGACUAGUAAACGAAAGGUCGCUGGUUCAAACUACACCACUGUCAGGUUGCCACUGUUGGACCCUUGAGCAAGGCUCUUAACCCUCAAUUGCUUAGACUGUAUUCUGUCACAGGACUCUUAGGUCGCUUUGGAUAAAAACGUCUGCUAAAUGCCGCUUACGUAUUACUAAAAUAAACGUAUUACUGCUGACUCCCAAAUUUCUAAAUUUCAAAUGACUGAAAUAGAUUACAAUCAGUCCCAACAAAUGUUUUAUGUCUUGCAUAAAGGGCUUUUUUUUGGAUAACAUGUGCAUCACUAGUUUGGGUUUCUAUGUAUUACACUGGCCUUACAGAGAUCAUUUCAUUGUUUCUAUGAAUUUGAGAGGAAAUAUGGGUUUGUCUGUUUUACUUUACAUGUCAAAUAUAUUUAAAAAAGCAAAGAUUUAGACUAAGGAAGCUUAAUUCUAUUUUUAGAGCUUAAGUAAGAUCAGUUUAGUCAUUAAAGUAAUUGUGUAACAUUCCAUAUUUCUUGUACACUCUUGUUAUACAACAUGUGAUACAGAAAAGGACACACCACUAUGUACACAAACCUAAGCUAAUACAGGUUUAUUAGCAUAGAUGGACUAUUGUCCAUUCUGAAGCAGUUUCUUUGAUUAAAACUCUAAAGGGUUUGUAGUGGUUAAAAUAAUGGCCAUUUGUGGCAUUUUUAAAGUUAUUUCAUAUUUCUAAAUGCAACGUUCAGUGCUUGAAAUGUACCAUUAAUGUUAAAAACACUGCCAAGAACUACUAAAUGUAUGUAAAAUGUGAAGUUCUCUUCAUGAAUGGCUGUAACUUCGACUUUUAUUAAAGCAAUUCAGUCUUGUUUUACACAAAUAAAGAAAAUAAAGAAACAGCCCUGACAAACAUUAACUGCUUGUUAGCAAUGUGACCAACAAAACUACCAACUUUGCAUAUUGAGCCCUCACUGCACGGCAGCAGUGUUACCAGUAAUCUCAUGUCCUACCUGUGUUUUGACGUUCUGCUGUGAUAAAUCAUCCUAAUAAUAAUGUUAUAUUCAAUAUGUGCAGAAUGUUUAUGGUGCUGUUGCAUUAAAAUGAUCUGUGACCACAUAUUUCGGAUUAUAGCGCUUUUAAUUUGUCGUUUUAGCAGCAAAGUUGGAUUGUGGACGCAACACACUGUCAGAUAUUUGGCAACCUUUGAGAAAUUUUAAGCACGAAUUCCCUUGAUUGACUCUUCAGUAUGAUACACUUGCUUUAUUCAGAUUAUUUUAUCAAAUAAUUUUCACUCUGUACUCAAAAU